AAUAUAAAGCCCUGCCUGGUUCGCAGACCUCAGCGCUCUGUCCUGCCUGCCCCUGCCACUCGCAGCUCCAUGGCCCGGUGGAGGACGCUGGUGGCCGCCGCCCUGGCGCUGCUCCUGCCGCCAGCCCUCGCGUGGUACAAGCCCGCGGUGGGACCCCACCACUACUCGGUGGGCCGCGCCGCGGGGCUACUGUCGAGUUUCCACAGGUUCCCGUCCACACGACGCUCCGAGUCUUCAGCACUCCGGCUGGGAACAGGACGUCUGAGCAACUUGGAGAUGCGCCCCGGCGUCAGGAGCCUCGCCCUGUGUGUCAAAGAUGUGACCCCGAACCUGCAGAGCUGUCAGCGGCAACUCAACAGCCGAGGGACUUUCCAGUGUAAGGCGGACGUCUUCUUGUCGCUGCACGAGGCUGAAUGUCAGAGCGCCUGAGCCCUGAACCCCAAUCCAAACCUCGACGCUGCGGCCGGUGACCCCCCCCCCCAAUAGGUCCUGUUUUGCUUGAAGUAGCACAGGCCCUGUGGGCUUUGGCUCCGGUGGCCCCCAACUCCCACCGUCCUCCAUAGCAAAUGGCUAAAUGAAUAAAGAAGCAAAACUGUC